CAUGGAUAUAGUAUAGAUAUUGUUGAUGAAUUGGCGUGCGGCAUAUAUAGUAAAGCUGUCAAUCUAGUUACAUAAAGACAUACAAAAAAGUGCUGAAGGAUUUAAAAAGGUAAAAUCAUGAUAAGAAGAAGAUCCCUAAUUCAAAAGCAAGUAAAACCUGACAAUUCCAAAAUUGAGCUCUUAUACUUCCAAAUUACUAUGCGGAGCAAAAUCUUGGCACUUGCCUAACUCCGAUUGGCUGCGGACAGAAAUCGAAAUCUUUCCAGCCAAACAACCUCAGUCCAACAAGUCUGGUCACGACACUCACUUUCAACGACCUCACUUUCGAACUCCACACCAAUCCCUACCCUCGACCAGCUCCUCUUUACGGACGCAUCGAAUUCUUCCACCACCUUCCCUCCCCAAUCUGCCCCGCAACCACCUUCAUAACCACACAAAAUGGCCGGCGGCGCCGCGAAAUACCGACACCUGAGUCGCAGUUCCUCGCACCGACAAGCACUCCUCCGCAACCUGGUCACAUCGCUCUUCAAGCAUGAAUCCAUCACGACGACAUGGGCUAAGGCCAAGGAAGCUCAGCGCCUCGCCGAGAAGCUGAUUACCCUGGGCAAGAAGAACACCGAAACGAGUCGGAAGAGGGCGUUGUCUACUUUUUACACCCCCCACGACAUCCUCCCCAAACUCUUCGGUCCCCUCCGCGAACGCUACGCCGAGCGACCGGGCGGCUACACACGCGUUCUCCGCGUCGAGCCGAAAAAGGACGACCAGGCCGCGAGCGCGAUCCUGGAGCUCGUCGACGGACCCAAGGAUAUGCGGUUUGCGCUGACGGCGCGGACGGUAGCGCGGAGACGGGAGCAGGGGCUUGAGGCGCUGAACGAGCUGACGCUUAUGAAUGUCAAGAAGGUUACACAGUUCCGGAAGGAUGGGGUUGAGGCGCUUGAGCGGGAGAUUUCGAAGUUGAAGCUUGGGAAGGAGGGGAAGAAGGGGUUUGUAAAGGGGAAGGCUGAGGAGGAGGAGCAGUAGAUAUACCCUGCGAGAGGUUUGGAUGGGGAGAGGAGGGAGAGGGUGCAUUUGGAGCUUCAUCGAUUGAUUCACUGUAUUCUAGGUAGCAUCUUGUGUAUUGUACUCUAUGUGAAAUUUCUUUUUGUUCAUUAUCCUGGAGCUGCUUGGCUUAAUAGACCUCUAGCAGGCAUAUAUUGUGCAAAGAUCAGCCUGAUAGCAGCAUGGAGCAUCCCAUUGAUAUUAGAACCUGGUUUGCUUUCAGGUUCUGGCUUCGUCACACGGAACUAGGACCUACUACCACCCAGCAUCCUCCUGCAACCUCUUUAGUGCUACCGGCUC